AAUUCUCUGACUGCAUCCACCACUUCCUCACCACAUUCCUCUUUCCUUCCGCACUCACGCCUUCACCUCUGCCAUCAUGUCUUCCUACGCCCUGCCCAAGUCCCACCAGGACCUCAUGGAGAAGUCCCUGGUGGAGACCGACCCCGAGAUUGCGGAGAUUAUGAAGAAGGAGAUUCAGCGCCAGCGCGAGUCCAUCCUCCUCAUCGCCUCCGAAAAUGUCACCUCCCGCGCCGUCUUCGACGCCCUGGGGUCGCCCAUGUCCAACAAGUACUCUGAGGGUUACCCUGGUGCUCGUUACUACGGUGGCAACCAGCACAUCGACUCCAUCGAGCUUACUUGCCAAGCUCGCGCCCUCCAGACCUUCGGCUUGGACUCCGAGAAAUGGGGCGUCAACGUCCAGUGCUUGUCCGGUAGCCCGGCCAACCUCCAGGUCUACCAGGCCAUCAUGAGGCCCCACGAGAGGCUGAUGGGUCUUGACCUGCCCCACGGUGGUCACUUGUCCCACGGUUACCAGACCCCCCAGAAGAAGAUCUCCGCCGUCUCGACCUACUUUGAGACCUUCCCCUACCGCGUCAACCUCGACACCGGUCUGAUCGACUACGACCAGCUCGAGCAGAACGCCCUCAUGUACCGCCCCAAGGUCCUUGUCGCCGGUACUUCCGCCUACUGCCGCGAGAUUGACUACAAGCGCAUGCGCGAGAUCGCGGACAAGGUCGGCUGCUACCUGAUGAUGGACAUGGCCCACAUCUCUGGUCUCGUUGCCGCUGGCGUCAACGCCUCUCCCUUCCCCUACUGCGACAUUGUCACCACCACCACCCACAAGUCCCUUCGUGGUCCCCGUGGUGCCAUGAUCUUCUUCCGCAAGGGUGUCCGUAAGACCGACGCUAAGACCGGCAAGGAGGUCCUUUACGACCUUGAGGGUCCCAUCAACUUCUCCGUCUUCCCUGGCCACCAGGGUGGUCCCCACAACCACACCAUCACUGCUCUCGCUGUCGCCCUUAAGCAGGCGCAGAGCGACGACUUCCGCAAGUACCAGGAGCAGGUCAUCAAGAACGCCAAGGCUCUUGAGGUCAAGUUCAAGGAGCUGGGUUACAAGCUCGUCACUGACGGCACUGACAACCACAUGGUUCUGCUCGACCUGAAGCCCCUGGCGCUCGACGGCGCCCGUAUCGAGGCCAUCCUCGAGCAGGUCAACAUUGCCUGCAACAAGAACACCACCCCCGGCGACAAGAGCGCCCUGACCCCCAUGGGUAUCCGCAUUGGCGCUCCCGCCAUGACCUCCCGUGGCCUCGGCGAGGAGGACUUCCAGCGCAUCGCUCAGUACAUCGACACCUGCAUCAAGCUUACCCAGAAGAUCCAGGGCGAGCUGCCCAAGGAGGCCAACAAGCUCAAGGACUUCAAGGCCAAGGUUGCCUCGGGCGAGGUCGACGAGAUCAACAGCCUCAAGCAGGAGAUCGCCGGCUGGGCCAGCACCUUCCCUCUGCCCGUCUAAAUGCCAGACUAUUGGCAUGACGGUGUUUGAGAAGAGAUAUUCAGUUUCUUGAUUGGUGUCCUCGGAUAGAGGAUGCUUGUUUUGGCGCAUCAACUGUAGCGAUAGCGGAUAAAAAGGAAGGGAUUCAACAAAAAUGAACGGGGGCUGGGUUUGGCUUCAACGGCCACGCAUGAUUGAUAGGGUGUUCUUUGGUGGGAAAGGAUAUGCGGCGUUUUUUUCGUCUUCUUUUGAUGAGGGCUGAUGGAAAAUAUGAAUGAGAUAGACGAUGUGAAUUGAUGACAAGCUGCUUAACCAGCUCAUCCAUUAACGGACUUUUGUGCUGCUGAGUGAGUGUUGUGGGCGUUUGUGGUUGGUUGAUGUCUUGUGAGAUGUGAGUAUGAGGAGAGUGGCAAAUAUCUCUGGUUUUGUGGGCGCUGAUU